AGGGGAGGGCGGGCCGGGAGAGCGCGGCAGCCUUUGUCCCGGGAGCGGGGCCGCAGGUUGGAGGAGGAAUGGACUACAAAGCCAAGGCCAUUGCAGGUCUCCUGGCAGCCACCUGUGUCUUCAGCAUCAUUGCCCUCAUUCUGAGUGUUGUGAACGUGAGGGACGUGUUUCUGCCUCCCAGCACCAAGUACGGUCUGGUGUUCGACGCCGGCUCCACGCACACAACUCUCUACGUGUACCAGUGGCCCGGGGACAAGGAGAACGGCACCGGCAUCGUCUCCCAGGUGGAGGCCUGCACCGUGGCUGGACCUGGCAUCUCCAGCUAUGCAGAUGACCCCGCUGGGGCUGGAGCCAGCCUGAAGCCCUGCCUGGACAAGGCCAUGGAGAUCAUUCCAGCAGAGCAGCAGCGGGAGACCCCCACCUACCUGGGGGCCACAGCAGGCAUGAGGCUGCUGAGGGAGCAGAACAGCACCAAGGCCCAGCAGGUCUUUGCUGAGGUUGCCAAGGCCAUUGGCGAGUACCCCGUGGACUUCCGUGGAGCUCAGAUCCUCACGGGGAACGAGGAGGGCUCCUUCGGCUGGAUCACCGUCAACUACCUGCUGGAGACCCUGGUGAAGUUUUCCUUUGCAGAGAAAUGGGAACAUCCUCAGGACACGGAAGUUUUUGGAGCUCUGGAUCUUGGAGGCGCCUCAACACAAAUAACCUUCCAGCCUGGAGUCACCAUUGAGGACAAGAACAUGUCUGUCUUCUUCAGGCUGUACAGCACCAACUACACACUGUACACCCACAGCUACCUCUGCUAUGGGCGGACACAAGCCUUGAAGAGGCUGCUGGCAACUCUCCACCAGGGCAGCCGGUCUCCCCAGCAGGUGUCUCACCCCUGCUACCCCAAGGGAUACCAGGAGAACAUCACCAUGGCAGAUCUCUACAACAGCCCCUGUGUCCAUGCACCGAGCAGCCCCAGCCCUGCGCAGAAUCUCACGGUGAUGGGCACAGGGGACCCAGCAGCGUGUGCCAUUGCCAUCCAGGAACUCUUCAACUUCAGCUGCGAGGCCAGCAGGACGUGCGGGUUCAACGGGGUCUAUCAGCCACCUGUGCGGGGACAGUUCUUCGCUUUCACUGGCUUCUACUACACCUUCCACUUUCUGAACCUGACCAACCAGCAGUCUCUGAGUGAUGUCAACUCCACGGUCCAGACCUUCUGCAAGAAGAACUGGACAGAGCUGGUGCAGGCCUUCCCGCAGGAGAAGCGGUACCUCCACACCUACUGCUCUGCAGCAAUUUACAUCCUGACGCUGCUGCUUGAUGGCUACAAGUUCACCCACCAGACAUGGAGCAGCAUCCACUUCAGCCAGCAGGCAGGCAGCAUGGACAUCGGAUGGUCACUGGGCUUCAUGCUGAACUUCACCAACAUGAUCCCCACGGAGGCCAUGGAACACGUGAAGGGGCACCAGCCCAGUCUGUGGGCAGGUGCUGUCUCCUUCAUUGUGCUGGCCAUAGUGGUGGCCUUGGUGGCUGUUUUCCUCCAGUGUUUCUGGAAAACCACAUAGCUCCCAGCGUCCUGACUAGGGACAUCGUGUCCACUGAACCAGGCAGGGAAGUGGUGCAAAAGAAGGUGAAAGGGGAAGAAGAAUGAGGGCAUUAUAUUAAUUUCCAUCGCUCAGGUGAUCUGAUUGGAUCAUGUCUGUAAAGAUGCUGAAGAUGACAAAGAUGUCCUGAGAUCUCCAAGUACCUCCAAGAGAAAAAGACUCUAGAAAAACCUGUAAUCUCACUGACAAAACCUGGCUGAGACUUGGUGGCUAGAUGAAGCCAGAUAAAGUCUAACUAGAAAUAAAAUCCCUUUCGUUUCCAA